GAAACCUUUUCUCAAAAUAAUUCCUUGAUGAAUCACAUGAAAAGUCACACGGCUAAGAAACCUUUCAAAUGUUCCACCUGUGGAAAAAUUUACCCUUACAAGAGUCGUUUAAAUGAUCACAUGAGAAUUCAUACAGGUGAAAAACCUUUCUCCUGUGAGACUUGUGGAAAAAGUUUCCAGAGGAAAUCUCGGUUAGUUAAUCACAUCAGAAUUCACACGGGUGAGAAACCUUUCUCAUGUGAGACCUGUGGGAAAAGUUUCCGGAGUAAACAUAAAUUAGUUAAUCACAUCAGAAUUCACACGGGUGAGAAACUUUUCUCAUGUGAGACCUGUGGAAAAAGUUUCACUCAAAUGCAAAGUUUAACUGUUCACAUUAGAUCUCACACAGGUGAGAAACCUUUCUCAUGUGGGAUUUGUGGAAAAAGUUUCACUCAAAAACACAACUUAACUUCUCACAACAGAAUUCACACAGGUGAGAAGCCAUUCUCAUGUGAGGCCUGCGGAAAAUGUUUCCCUCAUAAAAAAAGUUUAACUGUUCACAUGAGAUCUCACACAUGUGAGAAACCUUUCUCAUGUGGGAUUUGUGGAAAAGGUUUCACUCACAAACACAACUUAACUUCUCACAACAGAAUUCACACAGGUGAGAAGUAG